GUGAACAACCCCUUCAGAUCACGGUCUGGAACACCCAUCAGCCUUUUCGCGUACUGCCGACAGAGCAAGAUGCCGGGUGUCACAGUGAAGGACGUCAACCAGCAGGAAUUUGUCUGUGCGCUCUCUGCCUUUCUCAAAAAGUCUGGGAAGUUGAAAGUUCCAGAUUGGGUGGACACAGUGAAACUGGCCAAGCACAAGGAACUGGCUCCCUGUGAUGAGAACUGGUUCUACACCAGAGCUGCCUCCACGGUGCGUCACCUGUACCUGCGCGGGGGCGUGGGCGUGGGCUCCAUGACCAAGAUCUACGGCGGUCGCCAGAGGAACGGCGUCUGCCCCGCCCACUUCAGCCGCGGGUCCAAGAACGUGGCGCGCAAGGUGCUGCAGGCCCUGGAGGGGCUCAAGAUGGUGGAGAAGGACCCCAACGGAGGCCGCAAACUGACUCCACAGGGACAGCGAGACCUUGAUAGAAUCGCUGGCCAGGUCGCAGCUGCAAGCAAGAAGCAAUGAACUGUACAAUAAAGUAAUGAAUAUGUUGACUCAA